AUGGUCUCGAACAUCGACAUCAACAGCAGCCCAGCGUUCUCGCGCAUACCGCCGUGGGUGAAAGCGAAACUUCGUCCCAUCGCAAUUGAGAAGAUCCAGCAGGUAUACGAUUGGGUCGAGACCGAGUGCAUACCAGCUGAGCGCAUCUACAAAGCCCAACUCAAGGAGAGCAAGACGCGAUGGGAGACACCAGCCAUCAUCCACGAUCUACGAAAGAAGGCAAAGGCGCAAGGAUUAUGGAAUCUGUUCCUACCAAAUCACUUUGUCGAGAGUCCAGGCCUCACCAACCUGGAGUACUCGUGUUGCGCUGAGAUUAUGGGGAGAGUGUACUGGGCAGCGCAGACAAUGAACUGCCAUGCUCCCGAGACCGGCAACAUCGAACUCCUCGCCAAAUACUGCACACCGGAGCAGAAGAAGAAAUGGCUUCACCCCCUCAUGAACGGCGACAUGUCCUCCGCAUACAGCAUGACCGAGCCCGACGUCGCCUCGUCUGACGCAACCCAAGUCGGCAUAAAGAUGGAAAUCACGGACAAAGAAGUCAUCAUAAACGGACGCAAGCUAUACGGCAACUGCCAGUACAACCCAGAGAUGCAGCUCUUCAUCUUGAUGGGCUGUUCAGAUCCCACGAACGCGAACGCCUGGAGUAGACACACAACGCUGGUAGUACCUGCGAACAGUCCCGGGCUGAAGCAAGUGAGGAACCUGACCAUCAUGGGCUAUGAUUGGGCACCCGAAGGACACGGCGAAUACAUCUACGAGAACGUGCGUGUGCCGCGCGAGAACAUCAUCCUCGGUCCUGGUCGCGCGUUCGAGAUAGCGCAAGGGCGACUGGGGCCAGGCCGUAUACACCACUGCAUGCGCUUAAUUGGGCAGGCAGAACGUGCCUUCGAACUCGCGCUCGUCCGCUGCAUGGAGCCGCGCAAGAAGCCACGAGGCAAGUUCAUCGGCGAGUUCGACAGCAACAUCGAACGCAUAGCAGAUAUGCGCAUGACUAUCGAUGCUAUGCGACUUGUUGUGCUCAAUGCGGCAGAUACCAUGGAUCUUCAAGGUAACAAGGCAGGCAAAUACGCCAUUGCGCAGAGCAAGAUCAUGGUGCCGAAUGCGCUGCUCAAAGUCAUCGAUGAGGCUAUGCAGAUAUAUGGCGGCCAGGGCUUGACGCAACAUACGCCAUUACCGGAGCUGUGGACGUAUGCUCGUUUCGUGAGGGUGGCUGAUGGUCCCGAUUCAGCUCAUCGACAUCAAGUUGGGAGAGAUCAGAUGAAGACCGCGCAAGGGUUUAGGAAGAGGGCGGAGGGGUACACGGAGAGGUAUAGAGAGCUGUGUAAGAAAUGGGGGUUGGAGCCAGAAGAGUUCUGGGGUAUUCUGUAG